GCUGAUUUUUCUAGGGUUUUAAAUCUCUGACGCUCACAUUCGCAUCAGAACUCGAGAAUUCCCACUUGGGUAUUUCUCGAAACCCUAAUUUCCGAAAUGCGCAUCCGGCUCUCGAGCAGAUUCCAGAAAUUCUCCUACUCCAUGUAGAUUUUUUUAUCGGGAUCGUCUCUUUCCAAUCCCCAUUUUGGAUUCGGUAGAAAUCGCGUCACAAAAAUAUAAUUCUCUCAUCAAAAUCAUACAAAUUCGCAUCUGGGUUAUGCUGAAAUUCCGAAAUUUCUCAUCCCUUUCGUAGCCAUUAUUAGGUUUUGUGGGGAUUCUCGUGGGACCCACUUCGUCUUGGCAAGGAUCCACCAAGAAAUCCAACUCAAAUUGUCGUUUUUGCCCUCGUUGGAUAAACAAAAUUUCUUCUUGGUCACUCUCCGAUUCCUGAAUUUCUUUGCAUUUUUGCAGGCGUUCUAAGGUUCUUGAGAGCUUUUUGCGACAACUAUUUCGUUUCUCUGGAAAGCUGUCCAAGAAAUUCAACUCCUCUGAACCUUGUCGCUCAUCCGAAUCUCAUCAAAACCAGAAAUUCGCAUCUGGGUUUGGCUCAAAAUCCAAACUUUCCUUGGAUAUCUGAUUUCGUAGGGUUUGCUAUCACGCCUGUAUCUCCUAGGCAAACACAGGCGAAGAAUUCCAACUCCCCUGCUUUCUUUCUUAUCCUUUCAACUUUGAAAUCCUAAAUUUCCAUUUGGGUCAUGCUUGAAAUCAUUCGUUCUUAUUCUCUCUAGAUUUUUGCUCUAAUCUUUUAUUUUGGCAACACCUCUCGAUUUGAUCAUGGACGACGGAGAGCUCGAUUUCUCUAACCAGGAUGUUUUUGCGAGCCAGAACAUUGGCGGGGUUGGCGAUGAGCAGUUUCCCAGCAGCUGUUCGAUGGACAGCUUGUUUGACGAGUACCUCAAAGACACCCAUGCUUGCACACACACCCACACCUGCAACCCGCCUGGCCCCGACCUUUCCCACACCCAUACCUGCUUCCAUGUCCACACCAAGAUCCUCUCGGCCUCCGCCGAUGAUAAAACUGCCACAGAUGACACUGCUGAAUCUGCGGAAAAGACCUCAAAGAAACGCCCACUGGGCAAUCGGGAAGCUGUCCGCAAGUACCGUGAGAAGAAGAAGGCACGUGCUGCAUCUUUAGAGGAUGAGGUCAUCCGGCUGCGGGCCCUUAACCAGCAGCUCAUGAGGAGGUUGCAGGGGCAGGCUGCGCUUGAGGCAGAAAUUGCACGGCUGAAGUGCUUGCUUGUGGAUAUCAGGGGGAGGAUCGAAGGGGAGAUUGGAUCCUUCCCUUAUCAGAAGUCCCGGAAGGGAGGAGAGGGGGUUCCGAAUCCCGGGCCCCACCAAAACAUGUCCGGAGGGUAUGUGUUGAAUUCGUGCGAUUUGAGGUGUGAUGAUGAUCAAAUUUAUUGCUUGCACCCUGGGGUGGAAGGGAAGGACAGUGAAGUUGGUGGUGGCGGAUUGGGUGAGCCAGGGUUCAGUGCCUGUGACAUCGGGAACGUUCAGUGCAUGGGGAGCCCUAAUCUGGGAUGGAAGGAGUUUUUGGGUUGCGGGAAUGGGAACAUGGGGCCAACUAGCAUUUCAUCGACGAUGAGUGGGAGAAAAGGAGCUUGUGCAUCAACAGAGGGUUGAAGUACCAUUCACAUGAGAUGGCUGUGGGUACAUAUGUUCUACCAAUAAGUAGUCUAGUAGAAUUGCACUUUUGGUUUGUCUACAACUAUUAUUUUUUGGUUCUUGUCGUAAGGGGCUGCUUAUUUUCCUUUCGGUUAAGCUUACUCUUGAAGACAUUAUUUAUACCUUCUGGUUGCUUUUGUUGGUUGCGUCUAUUCAAUCCUAGGUAUCAAUUUAAGCCGGCAGGCUUUACAGAUGUGUUUGGCAAUUGGUAUUGUAUUUAGCUGAUUAGGCAAAUGAACAGAUAUGGAUGUUGUAGCUGUAUAUCAACUGCCAUCUUUCCAAGCCCAAUAUUUUCUAUCAAUAAAAUGGAUUCCCUUUCUUGGUUCCGUUCA